CGGCAGGCAGCCGCUCAGCUGCUCAAUUUCGGCCUCAUCCUGAGCACGGCCUUCAUGGUGCGUCCCGUCCGUCCCGCGUCUUCUCUUCGACCGUGAACGCAUCAGUUUUCUGAUCCUCCAAGGUGUAGAUGUGGAAGGGCUUGUCGGUGAUCACGGCGAGUCCGAGCCCCAUUGUGGUGGUUCUGAGCGGUUCCAUGGAGCCGGCCUUCCAACGCGGCGAUCUUCUCUUCCUCUGGAAUAACCCGGCCCCGGACCACGUUGGCAGCGUCGUUGUGUACGAAGUCAAGGACAAGCCGAUCCCGAUCGUCCACCGGAUAGUCAGGAAAUUUGGCACUGGGCCCGACACGAAACUCUUAACCAAAGGAGAUAAUAACAACGCCGACGACACCGAAUUGUUCGCCAAGGGACAAGAUUACCUGGGGCCGGACGACAUCAUUGGAGGGGUGGUGGGAUAUAUCCCCUUUGUCGGAUACGUCACGAUUCUACUCUCCGAAUACCCUUGGCUGAAGACGGCCAUGUUGGGAUUGAUGGGUCUUCUCGUGAUAUUACAGCGCGAAUAGAUAUACCCAUUCGAAAAAAAUAAAAUAAAAAAAGAAUAAAAAAGCGCUCAUAUCCUGGUUUCGCUGGCAACUCUAUAUGCAACCCUAAUGGUACGCGGCAGGGCUGUGCUUCUUCAGGAACAACUCGAAUAGGUAAACAAGCGCCGGGCUGGGUUUUCGUUGUUUGCUUUUAUCUUCGUUUUUCCCUCUCUCCCUAGCAGAGCGAUGAGUGGCAGCUUCGACAUGAGCGUGUGAGCGACGAAAGGCCGUGGUCAUCAAAGUCUAGGUUCGAAGCUUGCUUAUGUGUCCAAUUGACGUUGCAAUCUACUCC